AUGGCUACCCCCAGUGUCCUUACCUUUGAUGCUGAGGGUCGUGCUGUUGACUUUGAGGUCUGGGUCGAUGACCUCCAGCUGUUCCUACAGUGCGAUAGGGCAGACGGACUCUCCCUGUUCGAUCUCACCUCUGGUGCCUCUCCUGCCCCGCCUGCUACUACUGACAGCAAUGUUCGCUCACAGUGGGCCACACGCGAUGCUGCUGCCCGUCUUGCUGUGCGUCGCCACUUACCGACCACUGAGCGUGCGCACUUUAGCCAGUACAAGAGUGCUAAGACCUUGUACGACGCUGUAGUUGCACGCUACUCUUCCCCUGCCACUGCUGCGCUGAACCGCCUCAUGCUGCCGUACUUGGACCACUUCCUCUCAGUUUGCCCCACCACACUCACCGUUGACCUCCUCGAGGAGCGCCUCCCAGCAGCAGAGAAGAGCAUAGUUGCUGUAGGAGCCUCUCAUGGUGACCCUCGCACCCCCGUCUUUGAUGGGUGUUCCCCUUCCCCCCUCUUGCCCUCAGUUGCUUCUGCUGCUGUGGCCGACCUCGUUGCUUUCGAGUCGGUCGGCGCUGCAUCUACCCCUAGCGAGAGACGCCGCACCGGCAAAGGCAAGGGGGGCAAGGGCGCUGGAGGGGCUAGCGGGGGCAGUAGAGGUGGUGGUGGAGGCAGUGGAGGGGGAGGGGGUGGUGGUGGGAGUGGUGGCGAGGGUGGAGGUGUCGGUGGCAGCAGUGGAGGCGGAGGAGGCGGCGGCGGUGGCGGAGGGAGCAGAGGCGGCGGAGGUGGCGGAGGCGGCGGAGGUGGCGGAGGCGGCGGAGGUGGAGGAGGUGGCUGCGGCAGCGGUGGAGCUGGCCGCGGCUCUGCGCAGAGGAGUGGCUCCGGUGGUGGUCCGCGCCAGCAGCAGCAGCGUAGUCGUGAGACCCUGUCCCCUCAGCAGCUUAGUGAGUGGUACACUGAGCGUCAACGCGGUGGGGGUACUGGUCCCUGCACCUACGUCCUCCGUACCGGCGACCACGCUUGUGAGCAGUGCGGGGGCCCGCACUCCACCCAGCGCUGCUUCGGCCGCCUGACGGACGCGUGGCGUCACCAGUUCCCUGACGCCACUGAGAUCCCUCGCUGGGGAGAGCUGUCUAGGGCGGGGGUUGCUAUCUUUGUUCUUGAUUAUGAUGCUAUUCUUGCUGCCAUGUAUGCUGUGUCUAAUAGUGUUGAGGGUGACUGUUACCUGUGUGUUCCGCCUGACCCGGGCAUUGAGGCUGCUGCUCUAGGUGCUGGUGAGGCUGCUGCUCUAGGUGCUAGUGCGUCUGCUGCCCCAGGUGCUAGUGAGUAUGCUCUCUCAGGUACCACGUCGGCUCAGGCCUUACACACCUUCACCCUUGACUCGGGUGCUUCCCGCUCCUUCUUUCGAGACCGCACCACGCUUACGCCACUUAGUCGGCCGGUUGCGGUCUCCCUGGCGGACCCCUCUGGGGGUCCUGUCCUUGCUAGCUUCUCCACUGUCUUCGUCGCUCGUACGUAG